UCGUAUCAUUAAGGUGCAUAAAGCCCUAACGAUACUUCCUGUCGUUUAGAAAGCGUGUACUCUUAGUCUUGGCCCAUUAUGAGAUAGCGUUUAGUGAAUUAUAACAUUCGUUUGCAUAGAAUGUGAGUUCAGGCUUUGUUUUCACUUUGCAAGCGCUCGGUCAACAGAAAAAAAAGUGUUCUCAUUUGAUAUCUUCGAGUACGGAAUAAAAUACGUUGUAGGGAUUGUCUCGCUCAGUGAAUCACGGAUAUUUUUAGUAAAAGUAGUCAUUGUUUCUGUACUUCUCUUGACCAGAGAACAGUAAUUUAAUAUCCCACCAACAUUGGUUUUUUGAGAUUAAAUAUUGAAUAAUAUCGCAGUGACUGAGAAUGAAAAGCAAAUGAUCAGCAGAAUCCCUUUGCGUGGUAUGGCGAGUGAGAAUUUGCUAGUCCUUCUAAAACAUAGAUUUUCUUCUCUGGAAAUGAGCUCGAAACAAACUGAUCACUCGUAGAAUGGUGAAAGCACUGGGUGACCUGUGCCUUGGCUGCAUACAGCAGCAUCUGGACUCUAUUCCCAAUCUUGGUUCCAAUCUUCCUACUUUGUACAAAGAGCGCCUCAUAGAACUGGCCUACCAUGAUAUGCUUCACAAAAGCUAUCUUCCUCAUAUCUGUUAUAACCUCUUAAGUCCCUCUUUACGGCACAUAAAAUUGUACAUGUGCCAGCAAGUGGAUGAUCAUUUCUUGACAUUAUUGGCAGAUGCACAAUGUCAGCUGGAGGUUCUUGUUGUCAAUGGCUGUUCCAGUGUUACAGAUGUUGGAAUACAGUCUAUAACAAGAGGGCAGAACAAGCUUUGUGUGCUAGAGCUAAAAAAGUUACCCAAGCUUACAUCUGCUGGAUUAGCAGCUUUAGUUUCUCCUACUCUGUGGAAAGUGGCUAUCAAACGAUGUCCCCUUAUGACUUCUAAUGGAUUAUCAACACUAGCACAGAACUGCUGUGGCAUAAAGGUACUCCACGUCACCCAUUGUCUAAAGCUGGAUAGACACGCUUACUCCUUGGUGGCUGCUGCUCUGAGCUCCACCCUAGAAGAAUUAGGCCUAGGAGGCCAGGGUGUAACAGACGAGGAGGUGAGGAAACUGUCAGAAAACUGCCCCAACUUAAGAAAGUUGGAUCUGUCGGGUGCAAAACAUGUAGGUAAAGAAGCAUUGAUCAAGCUUUUUCAAGGCUGCACGAAGCUCGAGAGCUUAGAUCUAUCAUAUUGCAGUCGUCUGGCACAAGCAGAGGAGUGCCAAGCUUUAUGGACCCUGCCACAGUCCCUCAAAGAGCUGUCUCUGUGCGGCAUCCUAGUUGAGGAUGAGCAGGUUUUUGUGGAAGGCAUGCAGCGACUGCGGUCUCUUACCUCUGUUCGUCUGUGUGGUGUAAUGGCACUUAAUGACACCACUUUGACUCAGAUUUUGAAACACAUUGGACCCAGAUUAGAAUCUCUUGACAUCAGUGGUGGGUUCUGCAGAAAUUUGACAGAUGAAGGCCUGAAGGCUGUGACCAAGUACUGUGUGAAGCUGGAGGAAUUGUGCCUCAGUCUUCUAGGGCAGAUCCAGGGACUGACACUUAUUCCCAUGUUUCAGCAGCAGGAACGAGCAGUUUGCUUUAAGAAACUCUAUCUGAGCUGCAAAAUGCUGGACCUCUCUGUCUUGUCUUUGGUGACUGUGAUGUGCCAUGAACUUACACUUCUUGAGUUGUCUGGCCAUACAUUGGUGAAUGAUGAAAUACUGUACCAGCUUGCUGAAAACUGUCCCAAGCUGUCUCAUUUGGGAAUCAAAGGGUGCAGGCAGGUUACUGAUGAUGCUAUUUGCGAGAUAGCACGCUGCUGCCCAAUCAAGAGCCUAGUGCUCUCAGGCAUCCACAACUUAACAGACAAAUGUAUUUUUGCCCUGGCCAAUAGCUGUCCACAUCUAAAGGAAAUUUACCUGAAUGGCUGUGCUCAGAUCUCCCCUGCUGCCGUCAGAUAUCUUUCUGACUGCUGCAUCACCAGGUUAUUUGUUUGCCAUGUUAUUCCCAAUGCUGUUCCUAACCAGCUGAUGGCUAAAAACUUGGACACUGGUGAAUUUUGCCGCAUGGAUCUUCUGUCGUCAAGUGUAUCAUGACUAAAAAAUGAAAAUGAUCUUAUUCUGUGAUACGAGAGUUAUGUGCACCUUUUCUUUUCAUACCUUUUUGUUGGGGAUUCAUGAACUGCUCAUAUACAUAAAUAUUGUCACUUUACUGAACUGAUAUGGCACGUGAAGUACAAUUGCCUUUAGCACAAUCUAAUGGCAUGAUGGACUAUGGUAGUCACUUUAGCACAUCAUCAGCAUUCAUGACUUGACUGGUGCCAGCUGAUGAUCUAAGCUUAACAUAUAAAAGUAGCAAAAUGAUGAAUGCUUUCUGCAUACAUUGCCAUUUGUUCAUAAUAAUUUUGAUUUAAAACAGCAUUCCUGUGAAUUCCUAGCUUUCAUAUGCAUCCAGUUGUGCAGCAGAAGGUGAUCUUAAUUUAGUUCACAAACAGCAAAAUGAAGCAAAAGGUAAGAUCAUGAUAUAUUCCAACUAUCCAAAAUGCCCUAAAAAGAAAAUUUAGUCGUUCAAUUUCAUGUCAUGCUACUUCACAUGAGGGAGAAGAAAUGCACUGUCUUUAAAGCAAAACAUCGAUCCUAAAGGGUCAGAACGUUAAAAUAAAUGAAUCUAAAUCUGUUGCAUCUUUUAAUCUAUUAUACAAAAAAAGCAAAUUCACAGUAAACUGGCACAUACAGUGUCCUUUGAAAUUAGAACCUACACUUUUGGGUUAUACAUUAAAACUUCCUCGUUAAGACUUUCCAUAUGGUGACUCCAUUUUAGAUACAAGAUAGGCUAUAUAAAUGCCAUCUCUGUUAUGGUUACCUUUCCAUCACACCUUACAACCAAUAGUUUUUGCUCUAUUACAACAUUUUUGCAGAAAUUUCAUGCUAAAAAAAAAUUAAAUACACUUUUAAAAUGGCCAACUGUUUACCCUAAAUUACAGUUUUCUGCAGAAAUCAAUUAUAUGCUUCAUUAACAACCUUUUGUAGAAAACGUGUUCAUUAAAAUAUGAUUCUUAUGAUGGACUGUGUGUGCUGUAUUGCAGCUUUACGCAGAAAUAUAAUUUUAAAAAAAAUACUUUAGGUGCAUUUUAAGACAGCACUUUUGUCUAUCACAAAAUAAGUGCUGUGUAGGUCCGUGACAACAGUGAAUAAGUGAGCACGAUCAAAAGUAAAAACAACAAAGAAAGCUCUAUAAUAUGGUUUUUAAAAGCUUUAUUUUAACAUUUAAAUAAAUGAACUUGAACUUAUGUGUUUGAAGUCAUGUUUUGAAAAUGAAAGACUUAAAUUAUGACCUGCUCUUGGAAAAAUUUAAAGUCUUAAUAGGGAGGUUUUACUAAUAUGAUCAGUCUUCUGGGCUGGGUUCUUACCUCCCCUUUAAGAGGCUUCUGGCAAAAUAAUGAAUUCUCUCGACCAGCAGCAAGGUUCCUCAGCCGUUUCUAGCCAUAGUUCAUUCCGAAUUUGUGAUCAUGGUCAUAUAUUUCAUAAUUCAGAGCAAUGAUUGAAUUGCACCAAGUUUGAUUCAUAGUUUGUGCCAUACCUCAAAAUUUAUAUUGUUGGCAACAGAAUGGUAUGCAAAGGGGACUAAAUGACUGUGCUGUUAUUGUUGAUCAUCAAAUGGUAAUAGUGCAGACUACCAUAAGCCAAUCAUGGAAGAAGAGUAUCAGCAGUAUUCAGUUUUAUAAACUGUUAUCAAACUUUUAUUGCUGUUCGAAUGUUUUUAUCACUUGCACAAUGAACAAAUGAUUUGUAUAAAAGAAUUAUCUUCAUGAAGGACAUUUUUUUAAUUAAAUGACUGUUGGUUUUAUCAUGAAAAACUUGUUCCCAGAAUAUUUUUUGUGGUUUCAGAGAUUUAACUGCAGCUAUACCUGUUAUGAGAGAAAUUUGUGCCCUGAAAUCUUUGCACUUGUUACUGUUUAGAUUAUUGUUCUUAGUCUGUUGUGAAGAAAAAUGUUGCAAUAAUCCACUAAUCACCAGAUUAGAAUACUAUCUCAAUAUAUUGUUGUGGACAAAGUGGAAGUCUGCCUUACAGUUAAAUACCAAAUCCUUUCAAGAACUCUCUGAUCUUUUUGCUUGAACUUGAAAGCAGCUGUCAUUUUUCAGUGAUUGCAAAUAGAACUUUGCAUGAAGAAAAAUGAAUUAUAUUUGCAGGGGUUUUUUAAAUGUAAUGUUUAAUUACAUAUUUGAAAUUAAUCUGAUUUUCUUUUAGGAAGACAUGUGCUAGUAUGCAUCAGAAGUUUGGUUUGCAAGGCUUCUCUGGCAACAUUCCGUAAACUUUACAGGAGUUGGAAAGUACAAUGUGGCGUCUCCAGUUUUGAAGACACAAGCAGGACUUUGCUGCAUAUCCUGACAGUUGGUGUUUGUCGUUUUGGUUAAAGAUUUGUUAGGGUUUUAUGUUAAGUUGCAGCAAAGUGAUCAGAUUUUGCCCUUGAUCUCAUGUUUUGUGCAAAUGCUUUUACAUGCUUGUGAAAAACAAAGUACACUACUAGAAUUUUGGUAACAAUCUGAAAAUCUUAAGUAUUAUGGCACCACUGUAAUAUUACUGGAUUUGGUAAAAUGGCUUUUUUAGUCAAGGAGUAAUUUUUAAUUGAAGAGGCAAACAUCUUGACACUUAUCCGUGCACAGAUUUUUUUCAGCACCUGUUCAUUCUAUGUUAAUAGUUCUGUUGUUUUAUAAAUCAUGUUCAAGCUAAACUGUCA